AUGAAUGAUCAUCCUAUGAGCAAAGUUUCAGACAUGGAAAUUACUGAAGAUAAUUCCGAAGAGAUUGACGAUAUAAAAGUCGAAGUUCCUGAUAAUAAUGAAUCUAGUUUUUGUGAUACUGGAUUAAAUCACGAUCCUGUAGAAUCCGCUUCAAACCAACGAGUACAAAGCGAUGACCUUACAGACAUUAGUCAAAUUAUGGACAAAAAUAAAAGUUUUAAAGCUGAAUCUAUAGAGGAGACCAGGAGUGAAACGCUGGAAAAAGCACCUGACCAACUGACCUUAAAGAGUGAUUCAUCAGAACAUGUUGACCAGGAAGCCACUGUUAUUGAGAAAGAAUUAAAUAUUGAAAGCCCAAACGUGACAUCAGAAGAUUGUAUUUCAGACGAUGAUGAUGAGGAGAAGGAUGAAAUAAUUUCUUUGCAUUAUACGCAAGAGUUUGUAGACCCAGAUCAAGAAAAUGAACAGGAUAUCACAGAAGACGAAAAAAUAAAUGUAUUUACUCUUAAGGUCUUCGAAAAUGUAGAAAAUGCAUUUCAGUCAAUGGAACGGCAUAAAAUACAUUGGAACCGAUUUAAUGACUUUCUUAAAUCAACAACAAUGAUGCUAAGUGAGCCGUAA